CUCUACCUCAGAGAACAAACUGAUUCAUAGACUCAGCACCUCAUGUAGCCUGAAGUGCAGAAGACCCAGGAAGAAGAUAAAAUGAAUAAUAACAUCUACAUGAUUCUCUUUCUCUUUCUUCACAAAGUCUGUGAAUAUAAUUGCAAUGUUGCUCAUUUGGAUCAAGUUUUAACAGUAAAAGAGGCAGGCAAUGUAUUGUUACCAUGUCUUAUUUUAAAUGAUCAGUUACACCGAGCACUAUGGUACAAACAAGUUCUUGGAGAGAAACCUGUCCUAAUAGUGUCAUCAUAUCACCGCUCUCAACCAAAUGAAUUUUCUCCUGACUUGAAAGAAACUGACCGUUUUCAUGCAGUGCGAAAGGAUGAUAGUUUUAACUUAACCAUCCUGAGGACUUUGAAAUCUGAUUCAGGCACGUAUUUCUGUGGCGCUGCCUUUGCCAAUGUUAUUUCCUUCAGCACCGGAACUGUUUUGCUGGUUAAAGGUGCAGACCUCAAACCUGCUGUUAUUCAACAGCCUGUGCUUGAUGUUUUGAAGCCAGGAAACAAUGUGACUCUGCAGUGCUCAGUAGAAGUGGAGAUGUGUGAGAAAGGAGUACAACUAGUCUACUGGUACAGACGCAGUUCAGACACAAUCCAUCCAGGAAUGGUUUAUACUCAAGGAGACAUGAACAGCGAGUGUGGAAAGAACUCUGUAGCCUCCUCUCCUACACAGAGCUGUCAGUACAACCUUCCCAAGAUGAAUGUUGGUCUCUCUGAUGCUGGACUAUACUACUGUGCUGUGGUAACUUGUGAUGAAGUUUUAUUUGGAAACGGUACAACGUUGAUCAUUGAAGAUGAAUUUAAUAGUAAGAUGAUGUAUUAUUUUAUUAUAAUUGGCCUUGCAGUGCUGUGUACAGUCAGUUUAACCAUCAAUAUUUUGCUCUAUAUACCAUUGAGAAGAAAAGAUAGAACACCUCAGCAAAUCCAGGCUGCUAAUGACGAUGCAAAAAGAGUUCAGUACCGCAACACAGAUGACGUUAACUAUGCUGCCCUGAACCUUUCCACAAAAAGAGGUCAGAGGAAAAGGACCUUAGAGGAUACAACGUACUCUGUACCGAAGUUGCGAGACAAGAUCUGAAACUAUUUAACAUAACAUAAUGUCAAACUCCAGGAGUGCAUUUUACAUAUUUGUGUCUCUGAAGAUCUGCCUAUGUUAAUCUGUGGUUAUUCUGCAUUUGUGUUGAAUGUGUUUUUUCAAGAAAGGUGCUGUGAGUGUUAACACUUCUGGGAGACGAUGUGCACAAUUAUAUAAGCACAACCACAUCCUGUAAGGGCGCAACAAGGUGUGAAAGUACUGUGAUCGUCAACUUGAAUAAACAUCUCAACUUUGGGUAUUUAUAGAUUUAGGUCAAGCUUCUAAUUCUUCAUUUCCAGCACAAUAUGGUUACUUCCUCUAUGACAGAGCAUGCCGUGUUGAACAGUGUAUCCCAUAAUGCAAUGCACUUAAUUUGACCUUCCAUUUCCAGUGUUAGUAAUGUAAUAGAACUAAUAUCAAAAAAUAAUACUUAAACAUAUACUUCUAUACUCAUUAUUUGAUCAGACCGACAAGAAUUCAAAUUUAAUAGAAUGUGUUUUCAAUGAAACACGAUAUCCAAUACGGGAAAAUAAGAAGGGCGAGGCUUGAUUUCACAGUUUGUGAAAGAUGGUAGAAAAGUGUUGUUUUUUAGUUGCAAGGGAAGGCUUGAAAAAUAAGGGAGAUUGGUGAUGUUGAAAAAAGGAUAAGUUUAAUGAUUUAUUUCUUUGAAUAAAAAUAAUAAAUAAUAAUUAUAAAUUAAUUAAUAAAAAAUAAUACAAAAUUAUGAAACAAUAUAAUAUAUAAUGAGGUCACGUGACGACAAUGUAGCAUUUUAAGCUACUAUUAUAAGCUACCAGGUGAUGGCAGUGAGGGGUCACGGAUAUAGAAAAACAGACCAGAUGUCUUGAUUUCCAACAUAUUAUGCUCAUGUAAAGCCAAUUAUAUUCACAAUAUUCUUUUAUCACUUAUCAUGCAAAUGCUUUUACAUAAAGAUUUACAGUAGCAAGACUUCAUAUGCAUUCAUUUGAAUAUUUGAACACAUCUGCUGUUUAUUUUAUGUUCAUAAGUUCUUAUCCUUUUAUAACCUAAAUAAAAUUUCUUUCAGGGUUUAAAAUUGUGGAUUUUUUAAUCAAAAUUGUGAACUAGAAUCUAGAAACUAGAAUCUUGU